AUGGCUGAAUCGAUUCGUUCACCGUCAAAGCCAGUUCACCGUUCUAAUGAUGAAGACAACAUUGAUCGCAUUAGCGACCUACCUGACUCGAUUCUGUGUCACAUCCUUACCUUUCUCCCCACCAACAUGUCCGUCGCCACCAGCAUUUUGUCAAAAAGAUGGAUAGAUUUAUGGAGUGAUGUUCCAAUUCUCUCAUAUUCCACUGAAUUUAAGGGCAGCUUUGCAGAUUAUCUAGAUAAAGCGUUCACCAUGUGUCAAGCUCAAAAAAUUCACAAGUUUAGCUUAGAUUUCAAACUUAUCGUGACAAUUGAUGAAGAGCAUUUAGUUACAUGGAUUAGUGCUGCAAUUGAUCGUAAUGUUCGAGAGUUGAAAUUCAGUUUCUGUUCUUCACUAGGACCACUCAUUCGAUUGCCUGUUCGUGUUUUUUCUUGUAGAGCACUUGUGUGUCUAAAGUUGUUCGAUAUUUUUGUUGAUGUCCCUACAAAUGCCUGUUUCCAAAGACUUAAGAUUCUUCAGCUAGAACGAGUAUUGACCCUCGAGUCAACUCAAAACUCCCUCACCCGUCGUUCCCUUCUCCGUCGAUCCACCUCGCUUCGACCAUCAUGGAGUGCCCCGUCGCCCCCAGCAGAGCCGAUAGUAUCCUCUGACCCGUCCUCGACCUUUGAUUUACCCGAAUCGACCGUUGGUGGCCACGAGGAAGGGAAAAACGUUGUUCGAGCCACCCAUCUCAGAUCUCGACUGUCACUGAUCGGUGUUCGUCACCACCAACUCCAUUGGAUGUUUCGUCAUCGUCCAACCAAAACUCCUAUGGCUAUUCAUCGAAAGGUGCCGCCAAUCGCUGUGAAGAAUCGUUCAAAAGUCGUCGGAGGAACCUAG